AUGGGCGAUCCCGCUGGGGACGACGGGGCCCUAGAUCGCUCCCUCCUCACGCCCCAGCAACGCGCUGAGGAGGCCUACGGCCAGUGGGACAAGUUUCUGACAUACGCCCUCAAGGUCCGUCUCGACCCAGACCGCUUCGCCGAGUUCGUACCCCUGCACGCAAACCGCCACCCGCUCGGCCCUCUCCCCGUCGCCGACUUAUUCCUGCGCCCCAAUACGUGGAACAAGAACGCCCUGGACCCGCGCGUGCCGUUCUACCUGCAGACCCUGCUAGAGCUGCGCUUGGUCGAUCUACAGGCAGUGCUGGCCGGGCUACUACGAUACAGCUCAGCGCAUGCCAUCGUGGAUGCUGCGAAGGAUGGAGAGGGACAGCAACAGGAGGAGCAGGAAAACAACGAGGACGAUGACGACGACCACAAGAAGGCAGUGGCGGGACAGAAGGGCGGGAAGGGCAAUACGGUGACGCGCUGGCAGAGCAGCUUCACGUCCGACGAGGUCAUCUUCUACCGCCUGCGUCAGGCUGUGGGAACUGGCUCCGCGAUACGGAAUGGGAAGGAUGCGAUAGAGGUGUCGCUCAUGAUGGCAAGGUGGAUGAUGCUCUUCACAUCUGCAAGCGCAGCGCUGCCCGUUGAGCCGGACGAUGUCAUGAUGGAUGGGAUCACCAGUGCAUACUCUGCACCUAAGAAGGCUAGAGAUCAACUGGAGAACGCAAGGGCAGGUUUCGUGAUGCUACUGCUGAGCAUAGUUGAGAAUCCAAUCGUAUUGCAGGCUUUGAGUAAGCCCGUUGCGAGAGGCGUUCGCAAGGCCUUGUCGAAGAGUCUGGCGAAUUUCGUCCCGUCUAUCAUCCCGGGUUCCGCCCAAGAGUCCCAAGGCGCUGCUCAGAUCGCAUCGAGACUGGAAAUGUUCCGGACAGAGACCUUGGCUGGGUUCGAGCCGGUUGACAAGAAGAAGGAGGCUGCCAACGCGGAGAUAGACGAGCUUUUCGAUGAGACUGUUGGCCUGCAGAGCAUUGUGCUGCAACCAUUGGACAUUCUUCGAUCUCGCGCCGGCUUAUACAUUUAUCUCAACGCGGCUUUGAUUGGACGACCACUACUGGACGACGCGUCUCUAUACAGCUAUCUGCACAACAGGUUCGAGGGAGACAUACAAUUGACCACGAUCGACCUCAUACUAGCAUCCUUUGACGUCCUCGCGAACGCCAUCUUUCGCAACGAAGGCCAGCGAUCAGCACACCUCCUCCGCUCGUAUCUGAUCAAUAAAGUUCCGCUCAUCCUGGCCUCCUUCGCAGCGACGGCGAGCCCCAUGUAUCCGUUCAACUCCGAGCUGUGUAUUACGAAUGCGCUUAGCCAAGUGGACACGAACACGUUCCCGACGCUUUCGUCGCUGUUUGAGAACGGCGAGAAUAAUCCCUUUACCGAGUCUGUACGGUCCGACUUCGUUACUGCCUGCUGUCUGCAUGGCCUGGUGCCCGAGUCCAGCAUAGACAAGCUGCUUGGGGACUAUGCUUACCAGACGCUGCCGGCGGGUGGCCGUUAUGUCAAGGACAAACUGGUCCAGGAGUGCACAGCAGACCAUGACCGCAUGUUGCGGCUCAUAACGGAGUUGGAUAAAAUGGAGGGCAAUGCCGGAGCUGUCUGUCAGGCCCUGACCGAGAUGCUUGGUCGGCUUUGUGCCAACAAGGAGACGAUGACAUUAAAGCAGUUAUGCAGCCAAUUGGCCCGCAACCCUCUCAAUCUCGAUGUGCUUCUUCUUUUCGACAAGCCCCACACCAUCCUUACGCCUCUGUGCGAGCUACUGGAUAAUUGGGGUUACGAGGAUGAUCAAGGGGAGUAUCAACCUGUCUAUGAAGAGUUUGGGUCCGUCCUCCUACUGCUUCUGGCAUUCGUCUACCGCUACAACCUGUCAGCCUCAGAUCUGGCGCUUAGGUCUCCAGACUCAUUCAUCGCGAAGCUCCUGGGCAAGGGCCAACUCAGCCGCUCGCUGGAUGGGUUGAGCGAGCCAGAGAAGAGCAAUUUGAAUGGGUGGAUCCAUGGCCUCUUUGACACCGAUGGGGGUGGUCUAGCGGAUGACUUGCUCUCAUCGUGUCCUCCACAGAAUCUCUACCUCCUCAUUCCUACGUUGUUCCACAAUAUUGUUCUGGCGUUCAGCACUGGGUAUCUUUCCGAGGAGAGCCUUAAGACGGGUAUUGAAUACCUCGUGGAACCCUUCUUGCUGCCCUCAUUAGUGACAGCCAUCAUUUACCUCGCAAAUUGUCUAUGGACCGACCGACCAGAGGAGAACAAGGCCAUCAUCAAGAUCCUGCAGCUCAUUCUCAGACCGACCCAGAAGUUGACCCAGGAAUCAAGCGACAUGCUCAACUCUGUCAGGAACAUCGUGGCCAAGCCUCUAGAGAACGGGCUGAGAAAUUACCAGCGCCAGAACCCAAAGAGUCAAGAUGUUGAGCCUCUUCUCCAGGUCCUCAAAGACAACAUUGAGCUGUCUCGGAGGGCAGGCGCUGCGCCUGUCCAGGAGGUUGAGACGUGGUCCAGCAGCAGUGGUGGUCUGGUCGCAAAUAUCAAGCAUACGACCCACGCACUCACCGUUUGGAGCCUUCAACAGUCUGUGAUCCCAACAGCUUACUCACAUCGACAGAUUCUUGUCGGUCUGAAGCUUGUAGGCGCAAAGCGGGUUCUCCGCGCCAUUCUUGAGGAACUGAAGGCGCAAACCGAGGCAGGCAAUAGCAGCAUUUCUUACGGUUACGACGUCGCGGCCGCUCUUGUAUGCGCACCGGAUGUGACAAACGCGAUCGACAGCAACCCCUCACCAUCUUUCUUAGACGAUGCGGCCGCCCCAGCGAACUCUGUGCCUGCGCAGCGACAUCUCUCUCUACGCGAGGCUCUGAAGUGGGAGGCCGAGGAGUGGAAGAAGAUUCAGAAGAAAGACCCCGUCAUGGCCGAAAUUAUUGUGCGCCUCUACCAGAAAGUCGAGAAGCAGAUGACACCCACGGCGCUGGCCAUGCCGGCCCUCGACACCGCCGCUGCCAUCGCUGAUGCUCUCGUGGCCGACGACGCAGCUGCAGCAGCUGUCAUGGCAGAUCCGAUGUCCCUGGACUCUGCCGGGGUCGCGGGCCUGCCAUUGGAUCUCAGUGCCGGCGCCGGGGAUCUGGGUCUCGAUGCUGGCUCGAAUUCGGCGGCAGGGCUAGAUCUGGUCGGCGGGGACGAUUGGGGCCUUGAUGGGCUGGAUGGAUGGGAUGCAAAUAUGGAUCUGACUUAG